GUCAAGUUUGCUUUAUUGAGUUGAGCUUCAAUAUUUUCGAGAUUCAGCGCAAUCUCAAGCUCCCUAUCAAUCAAUCCUUCAUCUCUCCACUGCGAGCAUAGUCGUUUCUUGCAGCAGAAUUGAAGAGUCCCUCUCGACGUCAGUCGGCCCCUGCUUUUACGACCCUAUCCUCCCACUGAAUCUGCCAAAUACAAGACCAUAAUGGCGAAGAAGGCGCCUGCUCGUGACCAGAUUGUCAAACUGAUUGUUGGCGCCGGUCAAGCCAGUCCGAGCCCGCCAGUUGGUCCGGCCCUUGGUAGCAAAGGUGUCAAGAGCAUGGAUUUCUGCAAGGAAUUCAAUGCCCGAACCGCACAUAUUACCCCCGGUGUACCCAUACCAGCGCGAGUGACAGUCCGGCCAGAUCGCUCCUUCAGCUUCGACAUCCGCACGCCCAACACAUCGUGGCUACUCCUCCAAGCAGCUGGAGUAAAAGAGGUCAAGGGCAAAAUCAAGGGCGCAAAACGACCAGGCCACGAAAGUGUCGGCACCGUUUCACUCAAACACAUAUUCGAGAUUGCAAAAAUCAAGCAAAGUGAGACACGGCUAUCUGGAUUGAGUCUUGAAGGUCUUUGCAAAUGCAUCAUGUGGCAAUGCAAAUCCAUCGGCGUCAAAGUCGUGCCGUAACCCGAGCCGCCAGAUCAUCUACAAGUGUGCCAACUCGAAUGAGCCUCGGAGUAGCUCUGAUUGCAGUGCACAUUGAUCACCUGGUCGAAGGCUGCAGCAUUCAACCAAGGAGAUACUUGCGGGACCUGUCGAUAUCUACAGUUGACAGCUCCUGCACCUCCACACGACGAGCCGAGCAGUCCGUGAAUAGGCGAGGACCUGGACAAUAUCCCCUUGUAUGACCAGGUCACGAUCUUUGGGCAUGUCUCCUGCGAACAUGCGAGCAAAGUUGCCUCGGGACCAAGGCCGAUGAUCGACACCCGCCCGAACCCUCAAUUGGGUCAUAGCAGGGCGCCCUUUGCCGCAACGCAUUCAAGGACAAUGGGUCAUGGGGGGCAAACACUACGUUCAGAACGGAGAUGAUCUUAUUCUAUCAUCCCUCGAGACUGUGGACUGCUCAAUGGAUAGCCGAGAGAAAGCCGAAAGGGAAUGGGCAAACUCCGACCGAGAAGGGAUAUUGGUUCAUUGUCCUAACUACCUUUCGACUAUCUUGCAUAAAAGCACGACCUCAGACAACCACGCGACCCCGUGGGGACGGCGGCAUCCCAAGAACGAAGAUGCCCCUGGGUUCCGGUGGAUUAGGAUGACCACACAAUGUGAGAAUUAGGCCCAAUGGCACAUGUAAUGCAAAACGGUCCUUGUAUCCGCAUGCUCAAAUCAAAAGACCCUCGGUCUGGCGAAGAUGACUCGUUCACUCGGAAGCUUCCAAAAGAAUACGAGAACAAAGAUGACGUCUUGCCUGAAAGAACCUUCUGCCUCGCGUUCAGGCAGACACCGAGACGUCGUCAGUCGCGAACGGGUAAGGUGUAUGAUACGUAAAGUAGGUAUGCAGCAUUGUCAUCAUAUUGUGUCCGGCUGGGCCGGAAGGAAAUCCUAGGACAAGGCGCUGGAGGCAAAAAUAGAGCGAAAACACCAGGUAACAAGAAUGGGAGAAGCAGCUUGAGAAGAGUGCAGGUGUUUGUCACACAACCCAAACCCGGUCGGCCGUUUCUGCGCUCCGCUCAAUGACCCGUCC